AAGGCUGCCCAACAGCCAUUUUUAUCUUCUUCUCAUUCUCUUUGUGCGAUGGCGUCGUCAACUCCGCCACCGCACUGUACACUCACCACUCCCAAACCUUACCAGAAUAACCAUUUCCACCACCUCCAAAACCAUCAUCACAGCCACCGCAAUUCCUCCCGUCAACACAACUGGGCACCUCAAAAGGUUUACUUAAACAACCACGUUUCUCAUGCCGCCGCCCCCAGGCCGCCCCCUCCCUCUGCUACCGCUGUCGCAGCAGCUGGAAGCCCUAACCUUUCUUGUUUUUCUGCAGCUGAUUUUUCCGGCCGGCGCUCCACCAGAUUUGUCUCAAAAAUGCAUUUUGGCCGCCCUAGGUCUACUCCCUCCUCCCGCCACUCCGCCGCCGCAGAAGAAGCGCUCCACCAAGCUCUUAUCUGCGGUGGCGAGGUAAAAUGCUUGGAUGAUAUCUUGCUUAGUUUCGAGUCGAAGCUUUAUGCGUCUGCUGAUUAUACCUUUUUGCUGCGGGAGCUGGGGAAUAGAGGGGAUUGGGUCAAGGCAAUGAGGUGUUUUGAGUUUGCAAUUAGUCGUGAAAGGAGGAGAAACGAGCUGGGGAAACUGGCUAGCUCGAUGAUUAGUACGCUUGGUAGACUGGGAAAGAUUGAAUUAGCCAAGAAAGUGUUUGAGAAUGCUGUGAAUGAGGGGUAUGGCAACACUGUAUAUGCCUAUUCUUCCUUGAUUAGUGCCUAUGCUAAGAGUGGCUAUUGUGAUGAGGCGAUUGCUGUUUUUGAGAGUAUGAAAGUCUUGGGCUUGAAGCCAAAUUUAGUGACUUACAAUGCUCUCAUAGAUGCAUGCGGUAAAGGCGGUGCUGAUUAUAAGAGGGCUUUGUGGAUCUUUGAUGACAUGAUGCGGAAUGGGGUGCAGCCUGAUAGGAUUACCUACAAUUCACUUCUUGCAGUGUGUAGUGGAGCAGGGUUGUGGGACAGUGCAAGGAGUUUGUUUGAUGAGAUGGCUUACCGGGGGAUUGAUCAAGAUAUCUAUACAUAUAAUACCCUUUUAGACGCCGCGUGUAGUGGUGGGCACAUGGAUGCUGCUUUUGAGAUAAGGGCUGAGAUGCAUGCAAAGAAUAUAUUUCCUAAUGAAAUCACUUAUAGUACUAUGAUUCGUGGGUGUGCCAAGGCCGGGAGGCUGGAUAGAGCACUGAACUUGUUCAAUGAGAUGAAGCUUGCGGGUAUUAAAUUGGACAGGGUGUCUUAUAAUACGUUGCUUGCUAUUUAUGCUAGUCUUGGCAGGUUUGAUGAGGCUUUUGCUGUUGGUAAGGAGAUGGAGAGCAUUGGGAUUAAGAAGGAUGUUGUCACUUACAAUGCUUUGUUGGAUGGAUUUGGUAAACAGGGAAUGUAUGAUAAGGUUAAAGAAUUGUUUGCAGAGAUGAAAAGGGAACAUCUCUCACCUAACCUAUUAACUUAUUCAACAUUAAUCAGUGUUUAUUGCAAGGGAGGAUUAUAUGAAGAGGCAAUGGAAGCAUACAAAGGGUUCAAACUACAAGGUCUGAAGGCAGAUGUGGUUUUCUACAGCAAAUUGAUUGAUGCCUUGUGCAAGAAGGGGCUGGUGGAAUCAUCUGCGCUGCUACUUGAUGAGAUGAUGAGGGAAGGUAUCCAGCCUAAUGUUGUUACCUACAACUCAAUCAUUAAUGCCUUUGGUCAAUAUGAAACUGUCGAUGAGAUUGAACCUCAGAUAGAAUCCUCAAAACAAAUGGUUCUUCUGAAUGUUCCUGAGACCGAGAUGGAAGACAAGGAGGAUGACAGAAUUACUAAAGUUUUCAAGCAAUUGGCUUGUGGAAAAUUGGGCAAUGGAAAGCAUGACCACAGGGAAAUGAAGGACUUUCGAUGUGUUUUAGGUGUUUUCGGGAGAAUGCAUGAAAUGAAAAUAAAGCCUAAUGUUGUUACCUUCUCCGCAAUUCUUAAUGCUUGCAGCCGCUGCCGUUCAUUUGAAGAAGCUUCACUGCUACUGGAGGAGUUGCGUUUGUUUGAUAAUCAAGUAUAUGGAGUAGCAUAUGGACUUCUAAUGGGUCACAAUGAGUUCACUUGGUCACAAGCUCUAACACUUUUUGAUGAAGUGAAGAGAAUGGACUCUUCAACCGCUUCUGCUUUUUACAAUGCUUUGACUGAUAUGCUAUGGCACUUUGGCCAGAAACGAGGAGCCCAACUUGUUGUGCUUGAAGGAAAGCGUCGAGAAGUAUGGGAAAAUACUUGGUCAGAGUCAUGCCUGGAUUUGCAUCUCAUGUCCUUGGGCGCUGCACGAGCCAUGGUGCAUUCAUGGUUGCUCAAUAUACGCUCUAUUGUUUUCGAAGGUCAUGAAUUGCCAAAGUUGCUAAGCAUACUAACCGGGUGGGGCAAGCACAGCAAAGUGGUAGGUGAUGGUGCACUUAAGCGCGCAGUUGAAGCUCAGCUGAUGAGCAUGGGCGCACCAUUUCGGGUUGCCAAGUGUAAUAUUGGGAGAUUCACAUCAACAGGGGCAGUUGUGGCUGCCUGGCUGAAGGAAUCAGGGACACUAAAGGUGCUGGUACUCGAGGAUGAAAGAAGUCACUUGAUUGCAGACUGCAGCAAAAGGUUCAAAAACCUUCAGCCACUUCCAUUGUAGCUAGCUAGUUGGCUAUUCAUGGAUGAUCAAUGUAAUCAAUGUGUGAUGAAAUUAUAAUUGUGAAUCUAAGCCCCUUGUUUGUC